AUGGCUUUCAACAUCCUUGGCAUGUCCUCUUGGACCUUCUUCUUGUCUCCUCAACACCUUGAAAUAUUGGAAUAUAGGCUCAUAUACAAUAGAACUCAAGCUUGGCUCAAAAGCUUAACCUCAAGCUCGGGGUGGUUUGGUCCAAUCUUUGCAUAUGAAGCCAUUGUCCUGUGUUUAUCUAAUGUGGGAUUGUUUUUCAUGUACCACGUGGUUUCCAGCAGGCAUUUGGACCAAAUCACUCCUUUCCAACAUGUCAAGCAUGUUCACAUGACAAAACUCAUCCAACAUGUCAAGCAUGUUUAG